AUGGGCAAAAAGCGUGUUCUCGUCGGCUAUGGUGUCGAUAUUGAUGCCGUUGCCGGUUGGCUCGGGUCAUAUGGAGGCGAAGACAGUGUUAGCGAUAUCAGUCGAGGUCUGUGGGCCGGCCACAUUGGAACCCCUCGUGUCUUGAAGUUGUUCGAGAAGUAUAAUAUCAAAGCAACAUGGUUCAUUCCUGGCCAUUCCCUGGAUACAUUUCCAGAAGAAUGUGCCAUGGUUCGAGAUGCAGGACAUGAGAUCGGCCUUCAUGGCUAUUCGCACGAGAAUCCUUCCAGUCUAUCCACCGAACAGCAGCGUGAUAUUCUCGAUAAAACCUACAACAUGUUGACGGACUUCUGUGGGAAGCCACCGAGGGGCAUUGUGGCGCCUUGGUGGGAAGCCAGUGCGGAAAUGGUUGAUCUUUUGCUAAAAUAUGGCAUUGAGUAUGAUCACUCCAUGUCACAUGAAGAUUGUCAGAUGUAUUGGUUACGAACAGGAGAUACGUGGACAAAAAUCAACUAUGAGCAAAAGGCGGAAACGUGGAUGAAGCCGUUGGUGAGGGGGAAAACAACCGGUCUGGUCGAGAUCCCGGGGAGUUGGUAUAUUGAUGAUCUUCCCCCAAUGAUGUUCAUCAAGAACUCGGCCAACAGCCAUGGAUGGGUCAAUCCUAGGGAUGUUGAAGACAUCUGGAAGGACCACUUUGAUUACUUCUAUCGAGAAUAUGAUGAGUUUGUGUUUCCGAUGACAAUUCAUCCUGAUGUUUCCGGUCGACCGCACGUCCUACUCAUGCACGAAAGAAUCAUUGAAUACAUUAACAGUCACGAAGGCGUGGAAUGGGUAACUUUUGAACAAAUGUCCGAUGAGUUCAAGGCAAAGAACCAGCCGCCUGAAGGUGCAGUCAUGCCUGCUGCUCCUGGGAACGUAGCUAGAGUCGAAACAUAG